AUGUUUCUCCAAAUCCCACUCGCCCUCGCCCUAGCCGCUACCUUUCUCAGUCUGACCAUCGCUGCCACCCUCCCCUCAUAUCUCGUCAUCUCCGUCGUCAACUCAACCGGUGUAACCAUUGGCAGUCUCACGGGCUACGGAAACUUCUCCCACCCCGGACCCAGCUAUCCCUUCCGCAGCGCCCCAAGCAAUACCACUGCAGACUAUGCAUCUCUUCACGGAUAUUACAGCUGCGAUGCCGCAGCAGGCGGGAUAUUAGCCUGUGGUGAUUCAUCUGGAGGAGCAUCUGAGAGCUUUUUCUCCUCUGACAAUGGGAACUUGGCCCUCGAAGGUACAGAUGGAACAUGGUCUGUUUCAGCCCCGGACGAUUCUGGGGUUGGCACCGACCAGUUCGGCCAUGUCAUUGGGAUUCCAGUCUACGUUGGUAGCACGGCAGCUAUACCCGUCAGCCUUUCAAUCAAGGCGGCUACUGGAUGA